AUUGGGAGGUAGCAGGAGCCCAGUGCGCGGUAGGGGAGUCGCCAAUUCACCACAUAGCGGCGCGUUCUGGGGGCACAUCUUAGCGGAAAACAUCUGAUUCCAACACGUCUCUGAAAAGCGGUGUUUGAUUCAACCCUCAUAGAGGAUAGGAGACGUGUCGACCGGCUAGAUAGCGUUCGAAUAACAUUCAGAACGCUGGAAGGCAAACCUCGAAUAUGAAGAAUACUGUCUGGAGCGCUUGUUAACGGUACGUGACAUCCACAUUCUUUCGCAUCCACAAAUUCACAGGCAGGGAAGGCUAUUUGUGUUUUGCUGUCACGGAAUGCUUCACUUUCAAAUAGAAAGUCAUACAUUUGGAAUUAUAUUUUACAUGCUGAAUCAAACAAAUCCAAGAAGACCCAUGAUUUUUCCAUUAGUUCCAGCUGUGCGAGCUAUGCACACGUCACUAAGGUAAUGGUUUAGUACUAGGUAAUUAUGGGAGGUCGCUAUUUAGCUUUCUGGAAAUGUAGUUCGGCUGAGUAACAGAUCGCUUGGUUUUUCUUGGCCAACUUGUUGAAUAUUCUGUUUAAAAAACGUUAAAAUCAUGUUUUUGGAAACCUAAGAUGUUUAUCUGUUAAACAAGGCCGUCUUCAUGAGCCUACAGAAAGGGGUUAUAAUGGUAUCUUUGCACUGCGCAACCAUAUUUAGCCUUAUACUUCUUCAUAACUGGAUCUUUGCGUGUAUAUGAAAUGCAAUAGAUCAUUAAUCAUAUACUUCCAGCAUUUGUUAGUAUCCCUAGUAGACAGUUGUCUGGUAAUGUCGGAAUGUAGUCUUUGUUUGUAGGCUAGGCCACUGUCUGUAUCCACAGUGGGUCUAGGCUGCAGUUGUGGUAUUUCACCAUCCUAUUAAGUCUGUCUGAUCCAUGCCCUGAUCUCCUCCAGAUGUGCUGAAUAGAACGUCACUUUUCCUUCUAAUGAAGCAACACAACGCCCAGGAUUGGGACGUCUCUAUCUCUUUGCAGCCAUUCUGCUGACUUAGUGUAAAUAUUUUCUUUAAAAAAAGAAUUGUGUGUAUGGGUUCAGCCUAACUAGUUGAAGAUGCCUGAAGAAUGCAAAAGAUGGCAGAUGUUCUUGAUGUAGCUUAAGCAUCCAGUGUUUGGAAAGUUGGUCCCCUGGCAGGUUUAAAAUGCCUAAUGGCUAUUUGUAAUGCUGCCGGCUGGUCCUUCUCUCACCUUUUUAAAGCUGUGUAAUUGAGUAUCCGCUCAGGAAAUGCCAAUGGGUUUUGUCUGUUCUUAGAUAGGGGGCAGUCCAUUCAGUAACUGUCAGGUUAGUUAGUCAUGCUGACAUUGAGAAGUUGUUUUUAUUAGCUUUUUGUAUAGUCGCUGACACAGCCUUUUAUUAAGGCAAAGUCACUGGGACUGUCACUCCAUGGUAGUUACUGAACAGCUAGCAUCAUGUGCCUAACGUAACCACCACCCCAAAGGUAUUUCAGCCUUUUAACCCUGGCUGACAGUAUCGCAAUAACCCUCUUCUCGCCCAUUACUGGGGAUUCUUUGACUUGACACACACACACUGUGGUGUGAUCCACAGAUCACAAUCAGUCACAUGGUGCUAUCUGGGAUCUGAUUGGUAUUCUAGUCAGUAAUUUGGUUUGGAAAGGAAUCCCUUACUGCUUCGUGUUAUCGGAUAUUAGGAACUAAUUGUUUCCUCUGUGAUAGAGGCCCUGAUAAACAUGCAUGUAAAGAGUACGUUUACACCCAGUGACUGAUAUGACCAAAGAUUACGUACGUCUUAAAGCGGGGAUGCAAUCAAACCCUGUCACCGACUGCUCCAGCUAUCAUAUGAUGACCGGAAAACUCUUCUGGUCAUUGCUGUAGACCUUGAACGCACUUUGGUGUGUAAAAAAAAAACUGCUCUCAUAGCAGAAACAGAAAGACAUGAACAUUUUAUUGUCUUAGUGCUGUCGCUCUUGUGAUGCAAGCCAUAUAAUACAAAUGAUGGCUGGCAAUGCAAGAUUUGGCUGUGGUUUCGUGUGUGUGUGUGUGUGUGUGUGUGUGUGUGCAGAUAAACUUGAGCUGCAUGAAGAUCUUAGAUACUUCAACAUUUCUGCCACCGUAGCUCUGCAAAGCAUGUCAUCUGACUUUCACAUACUCAAAUUGGUUUGGUUUAGAAGAGUCUUCUCGAGUGGAAGUUUGUAAGUGUUAUUAUAUCACUGAAUAGAUGGUUAGAGGCGAUAUUGGCAUACAGCCCUGAUGCACUAAAUGUCCCCAAGAGCUUAUUUCGUAUCUUACCAUGUUCCUGACACUGUUUCCCCUCUGGACUAGUCCAUAUUCUAUAACGUCACUAAUCACUUUCAACAGCUUGAGGACAACUGGGACUGAGGACAGUCAUUAGAUAAUCAUUUUAUCUAAGGCUUUUCACCCUACUGAGCCAAACUGAGUCUAGCCAAAGCAACGUGUACUGGACUGGCUUGGUUAUGCAUCCACCAUAGUGGCUGGAACACUGCUGAACAGGACAAUGUGAAAAUAAAAUAUUCAAGCCAGUGCGGUUCAGGUUGGCACAGGGUAUUAAAGGAGCUGCCUUGACUAUCGUUUAAACAGCUCCCAGUCUCUCACUGUAGUUUUAAUGUUAACGUGUUUACCAGUCAUCAGAGGGGCAUUAGGCAGAGCUGGACUUUACCUGAAGAGAGUCAAGUUAAUGUUAACUACUCUUCAGCAGUCACUGUGCUUUGGGUUUUACAAGAGCCUCUGGACUGUCAGCUUUGUACUUGUUUUCAGGAAAUGGACUGUUGUUUUUAUGAGUAACCCCCCAGACUGACACUGAGAGAGAGGACUACAAGAGGCCUCUAUGUAGAGGGGAGGGAAGCCAACUUGCGCUGUGUCAUACAGGAGGUUCUUAGCAAUGAUCCCUCUAAGCUCCGCGAGUAAGCAGGCGAGCAGUAGCCCCAAGACUGCCGCGCAGAAGAAAUAUCAGCCCACUGAGAGAAGCACAUGAUUGAACUUCACUCAACUUUCUCGAGUUUUCCCUGUUAGUUAACACUAUCAACGCAUCAGAGUAGGAUACUAUUGCAUUGACACGCACUACUCAGCCCGUACUCUACACAGACCUGUGCGGCAUAACAUUUACAUUUUAGUCAUUUAGCAGAUGCUCUUAUCCAGAGUGACUUACAGGAGCAAUUAGGGCUAAGUGCCUUGCUCAACCAAUAAGAGCUGCAGUAAGGCUAUAUGCAAAUCGACCAUUGCCAUAUAUGGAUCUGUGCCAUUUACUUUGAACUAGACUAUGUGUACAGAUGUGGUCGUGAGUAGGUGCGCUUGUUUUGAGAUCAAAGCGAGAGCUGCAUGUAGGACGUGUGCACAUUUUGUUCAUAUCCUUUGUUAGUGAGUUAUAGAUCAUUUGUAGUCAUCAAUAGGGGAGUGAUUGCUUCCUACGAGAGCACAAAAUGUGUACAUUUCUAGACCUCUUUGAAAAGCAAGUCAGGUGAAGAGCUUUUUUUGUCUUAAAGGGGUAGUGUUGUAUUUUGAGACAGGCUUGAAUAAGCUAAGUAGCCAAUAGGUAGAGGGUAGCAUAAUUUGUCUGAUUCUCUGUAAUAAUGGUAUGGGAAUAAUAAUGCAUUUUAUUUUGUAAAGUGGUUUCUUGCAUCAAACAACACAACAUUUUCAGUCACCUUGUCUGAUGGACAAGUGGAUAAACAGGUUAAUGUCAAGCCCUGCAUGUUUUUUUAAAAAAGUCUCAUGGAAUGUAGGCCUACAUUGAACACCACACCUUGGCUGCUACUGUAGGCUGAAUGAUAGAACUGCUAUUUCCAUAUAAAAAUGUUUCUCCAUUGUUUUUGAUGGUAGGCCACUCUGGUAGGCCUACAUUAUGAUCAAAUAGCCACUGUAGCCUACUUGGUCACUGUUAAAACUGUAACUUAAAGCGGGUACAGCCUCAGUGUUCACAGGAAACGCGCUCUGGAAGUUGCACAGAAUGUUCACAACAUUCAAGUUUGCGCUCAGCAGACCUGAAGUUUGCUCAGUGCCUAAAUGUUUUUGAGGGAACAUUGGUUCUUGGCCUUGUAUGUCUCCCUAUUCCUGAGUUACACUGACUUUUGUAUAAAUAAAUUGAGUUUAGCAGGCCUAUGUUCUCGAUCCUGCCUCAGUCACAUUCUUGGAUGUUACUAUACAUACAUUGUUUCUCACCUCUUAAGUAAGGUUUUAUAGGGUUGCACUACAGUUGCUGAGGGUGGAUUGCUGUACUGUCAUGUUAUGAGAUUACUGGAGCGUAUGGCCAGCUUUAAACACCAACCAGGUAGCGUAAGAUUAACUUCAUUUAAUAGCUCAAACUUUGGUCGCUCCCAACCUUUGCUCUCCUCUGCCUGAGUCAGUCAAGGCUCCUUUUCAGUAGCGAGGCGAUCUACGCAGCAUCUGCAAGUGCCCUUGAAGGUAUGUGUCAUAUGGAAAAUAAAUGUUUAGCUGCUGAAAUCAACCUGUGGUGGUUGUUAUACUGUACUGUUGUAGUGUUUAUCUCUCUCUCUGUCCCAGAAAGAAGCCAUUUUGUUCCCUAGUCCAGCUGUGAGUGUUGUUGAUGGUUCCAGAGCUCUCUGUCUGUUGGUAGUCAAGUCUCCUCUUGCAGUUUACACUACUGGCCGGCCACUGACUUUCUAUUUUACUGUAGGCUACUCUAUGUCUGUGCUCUGUUUCUGUCUUUGUUUGUCUUGAAGGGCCUAAUUACAGCUGUGAUGGUGUUAAUCAUAAUGAACUGUGGUUAAAUUCGUGGCUAGAGUUGUUAGUAGCAAAUUUGUCUCCUACCAUAACCAGAGGACCAAGUUGCCCACAGAUGGACAGUGUGGUGGUACCCAGCUGUCAGCCUCAGGUAGGGUGGCCCCAGCUGAUUGUGAGUUCCUAAGAAGCUGUCGCUAGGUUCUCUAAAACCAGAAUGGCUGAGUGUUACAUUAACAUAAUAUCUGGGUUUUCCAUGGCUCGCUCUGCCUCCUUAGUCUUCACUUGACUGAGAGAGGAGCAAUGUUAAUCACAAUGGAUUAUACUCUGGCAUAUUUUCCUGAAGUAGGCCCCGUGGAACAGCUUUAAUUUGAACGCCCAGCCUCUCACCCUAUGGUCUUUAUGACGGCCUAGAGUUGGACUGGACAGGGCCUCUGUGAGUAUGUGAAUCCCAUGACUGACAGGACACACUGUUCGAAAGAGGAAGUGUGUGUCCCUGGCCAGUUGCGCAGCUGUUUGUGAUGCCCUCCAGGUGUUCCUCUCUCACACCCAUUCAGUCUUAAAGACCCCACUGAGUUUAAUUGCAGUUUCAUCACCUCCCACUACAUACAUGGCUAUCAACGGGUCACAGCAAGGCUACAACAUGGAUCAAAAUGCUGUGUGUUUGUUGUGUGUGGUUAGUAGGAACAAGGUACUGGGGUCAUGGCUCCUCAUUGUGGAUCAUUUAAAGGGAUAUUACUUUUUACGAUGCUCACAAAACCUUUAGGGGACAAUUUCAGGUAGCGGAAGCUGUUCCUCUUUAAAAUGUUUAGAGCUGUAAUGUCUUUGUUCUGUUAUCAUUCUGCUUUUAUCACCAAAAAAGCUUAAAGUAACUGUCCAGUGUUUCCUGAUUUCAAUGAACUAUGACCUAUAAUUAAUAACAAUAUGAGUGAAAUACUCUUUCCAAAAAAAAUUGUAAUGUUAGAUGCACUAUGGAGAAAUCACCCUGCCAUUUCCUGGUUGCAAAAAUUCUAAUUGCGAGCGUUCAAUGAGAAUGACAGAUCUAUAACACACAUUUCUAUGUGAAUUUGGUCACCCAAAAAGUUACAUAUUGCAGCUUUAAGUAUGUUAAAAAUAAGCUUUUCUGUGUUGGAAUGGUGUGGCCGUAUGCCAGCCAUUAAAAAUAUUCAUGCGAGUAGUAUAUAUUCUUUUAUAUAAGGCGAAUCAACAACAUUAUUUUGGUACGAGUUAACAGAAUAUUAACUUUCUAAAAAUUACAUUUUCACUGGACAGUUAAUUUAACAUGGGAGUGUAGUUGCGUUAUAUUUCUCUCACACACUCCAUCUCCCCCUCCCUCCCUCCUACAGGCACAUAACUGAGCAUGUGUGAGUGCUGAGCCUCUUUGCUGAGUCGACCCCCUGGCCUGAACAAGGAGCUGCCGUCUGAUUUAGUUUACCUGUCCUGUCUGCCUGUCCCGACUCCCGUAAGGCUGGCCCCCCACCCCACCAUGUCUACUGAAGUGGAGAGCAGUGCACCCGUAGUCCCGGCCGACCCCUCCAGCACCCCCGCCCCCACCACAUCUUCUACAACCAGCCCUCCCACCACACCCUCCACCGCACCAGCCAAGACCCCCUUUAAGAAAGAGAAGAAGAAAGGUACUGUAUGCAAUAUGCAAGGGGCCUCCAUCUUUCCCCACAUGAGGGAUUUGGUGUUAUGGGCUGAACAGACUUUUUCUGAGUCAUCAGACUUGACCUUAUAGUAUAGUUUUACAUCUUGAUUUCCAUGCGUCUUGUGGUGUGAUGGUUGAGGCUACGAAUUAGAUAUAGACGAAUUAAAGAGGGCAUUCUCAACCGGACAGAAAGUGACAAUCGAUCCAAUCAAUCACUUUUCUCUCCUUCUCUCUUCCCUCUGCCCAGCUCCAGAGAAGACUGAUGAGUACCUGCUGUCCAGGUUCCAGGGUGAUGGUGUGAGGUACAAGGCCAAGCUGAUCGGCAUUGAUGAUGUCCCAGAGGCCCGAGGGGACAAGAUGAGCCAGGACUCGAUGAUGAAACUCAAGGUACCACCAUAUCAUGAUGCAGACACUACAGUACACUUGCUGCUACGGCUCUAUAUCCACGCAGUAGUGUUAGUAAAGAGCAAAUUGAAUGUGAUUUUGUUAGUCGGUUUUCUAUGGUCAUUUCUCUUUGGGUGUGCAUAUGGUGGUGGGCUGUGUGCGUUAGUAUGUCAUUGUUAUGUGGUGUUUGUUAUGUAACUGUUGUGUUGUUGUGCAGGGCAUGGCAGUAGCUUCUCGGUCCCAGGGCAAACACAAGCAAAGGAUCUGGGUCAACAUAUCCAUGUCAGGCAUCAAGAUCAUUGAUGAGAAAACAGGGGUGAGGACAACUGUUCUAUGACUUUCUAAUCCACAGUUCAUCCCUCUGUUCCUCUUUCUAAAUCCUGUCUCAGUGGCUGGGCAGUAUCAACCUUAGUACCAAUCUUUACAAAUAAAAUUCUCUAUUAUAGGAAUUGUAGAGGGAGAUAAUUUUCACAAGGUAAACACAGGACAUGACCUCAGUCGAGUAGAUUCCAUGUAGGCCUAAUUGCAAGUGUUUAUAUUAUUAGGCAAUUGAAGACUCACAAAGACUAAACUGUUUUAAAAGCUCUCUCUUCCUCUCAGGUGAUAGAACACGAGCACAUAGUGAACAAGAUCUCAUUCAUCGCCAGAGAUGUAACGGAUAACAGGGCCUUCGGCUACGUGUGUGGGGCCGAGGGACAGCACCAGUUCUUCGCCAUAAAGACUGGCCAGCAGGUAAGACGCUCGGACACACACACGCAGAUUGUUGCAAGUAGUUGAUUGUCUAUUGACUGUUUUUCCAUGAAUCUCCUCUCCAUAUAGGCAGAGCCCCUGGUCAUUGACCUUAAGGAUCUAUUCCAGGUCAUCUUCAACAUGAAGAAGAAGUCAGAGGCCUCACAGAAGGUAAAUAACUAUGGUGGGGUUUGUGAUCAGAGUUGUGUUCAGUAGGGCAUACCGUAGCAAAACACUUUGCAACAGAAAACUAAAAUCUAUGUUCUGGUAGUACAGCCCUGUUUUAAAUCUGUUUCCAAACAUUUUUCUCCCUACUGAACAUGACCCUUUUUUUUGUUAGUUUUUAAAAUGUUUUUUGGGAAGUAACAUUUUGGGGUUGCUGACUGGACGGAGGUCAUGUGACUGAAGUUAUGAGGUCAACACUGCCCCCUAGUGCUUUAUUACAGUCCUGCACCAUUAACCAUGCUUUCAUUGCAAUACCAAUGAGAUGACUCAUUAUGGCACACACAUCUCAUCCAAUAAGUAAAUAGAGAACAUAUUACAUUCCUCCAAUGGGAAUAUUCACCUUGUUUUUCCUCUUUCUCUAUCUUUUCAGGGUGAGAGUAAUAAUGCAGUAGCUGAGGUAAGUGCCUGUGUAUGUUGGAUAAUAUAACCUUUAUCUGAGAUGUACGUGUAGUGCAUACUUGACCUCUUAUUGCUGUGUUUCAUUUACAGAAUGGUGGUGAUGCCUUGCUCAGUAUCGAUGGCCAGGCAGGCACUGCCAAAGUAAGUGUUUAAGAUCGUAGAAUCAUACAUGUAAAAGACUGCAAAGUGGAUGCAAAAGAGGAUUCCCCAGGCACACGCGUCUACUAGUAGAUGUUCUGUGGUGUUGUUGAAUCUCUCAUUUUAUGAUACUGGAUGUAUCUUUAAGAUGCUGAUAAUGGAUAUAUGUUUUUGUUCAGGAGGUGCAACAGCUGAAUUUGUUUGGAGACAUGUCCACCCCUCCAGACAUCCACUCUCCUACAGUAAGUCAGCCUGCUGUUGUUGGGUUCACUAGAUGUGCACACAUUCAUAAAGGCUCUUCUUAGUUUCUAGUAAUAUACUCAUAAGGUGCAAAGGCCUAAGUGCUAGAGCUGGGGAAAUGCUCAUAACUCAGACUUUACAAAUGGAUAGGGCCAAUUGUUGGCAAUUAUGUUAUAUACCAUGCUUAUCUUCUGCCAUAAACGUUUUUGGACAGAAUAGACAAUGACAAAUUACCUUGCUGCUAUUUUAUUUUGAAGAUUGGAGGCUUUUCGCCCCCUUUCCUGUUCCUAACAAGGAUAUUUUCCCCAAUUUUAUAAUCAGGUGGCUUUGACAACUCGAGCUCUGGUAAAGUUCCUCUCAGGUUCUAGCUAGCUCAGUCUUGCACUUUGCCAUAGAAGUUUGUAUUAUUCUGCAUUGUGGAUGUAUCCCAGUCUCUCGCCCCAAAACAUAGCUUAUCUGCAUAACUUCACCCCUUCCACCAAUCACAUCAUCCCAUAUGUCAUACAGGGCUCUCAAACUCAACUCUGUAAAGGUCUGUCUGUAAUAAGUGUAUGUUUAUUAACUUGAAGUAGUUUUGAUGGAUUACAAAGGUCAAAUCCUGGAUAUAUCUUAAAUGUCAGCACAUUCCGAAUAAUGGUUGUAAUUCCUGACACAAAGGCUGGUGCCUUGACAAAGCACAUUUUUACAGUUGAGUUUCUGAUUCCUGUUUAAAUGUUUAUUUAUCUAUCACCACUGUUGCUUCAUCAAUCAUAAACUGUCUUCUCAUGUCAUUGUUAUUAAUUUAGCUGUGUUAACAGUUGCUUCUCUCUUUCAGCGCAACAGAUUUUUAUUUUUUCUCUCUCCCUCUCGUUCCCUCCCUUGAUAACCAGGAGACUAAUGAUAUUCUAUUGCUGGAUCUGUCCGCCGAGGUUGACAGCAAUCAGAACUGUAUAAAGGGAAAUCCCUUCACUUCCGGUACACCUAACCCUUGGGGCACCCCCCGAACAGAGAACCCCUUCUCCUCCACGUUUGGCUUCUUUCCAACCCCAGACACUGACCCUUUCAGCAAUGACCCCCUCGCCCAAUUAGCACCCCCCCAUUCUCUGAUCUCAGCCCCCUCCACCAAUCACAACCAAGAAAGCUCUGUUCACUUCUUGGGUAGGCCAAUCAGGAACGGUGUUGGUCUUAACGGAGACUCUGACAACUUCGGUCAGCAGUUGAACGGGUUGUCCAAUAAGAACAUGAUCCUGGCUCUCAGUAACGGCCAGUGGCCACUAGGGGGAGGGAUGACAGAAGAGAGCAGGGUCCCCGUUCCUGUCCAGAACGGUUUGGGACCUGUGCCCUCACCACAGAACCCCUUUCUGGACAUUUCUGGGAAAAGCCCACUCCUUUGUAACGGUGUGAUGUUUGAUCCACAACCCACUGCCGCUGUGGGUCCUAGCAAGGACAGUUCGGUUGUGUUAAGCCCCCCUCCACAGAACACUAAGGCUGGACGAGGUCGGAGGAGUGCCAAGGUGAAGCUCCAUAGAGGUCCUAUGAUGUUGCUGCAUGUCUGAGAAUGAGUCUGUCUGCACACCUCCUCCCCAAACCAUAAUUGGUUUUCUAACAACAACCCCCUUUCACAGCACUGGGAUACCAUACUGGCAUAUUCUAUUCCUACAGGCCAGCAUUGCACUGGGUUUUGUCUCUACCAACAUGGUUUUGGUACAAGGAUAUUAGGGUUGGUGUGUUUUUUUUUCUCUGGGAUGGAACUGGUAUGGUUUUCUAACAUAAUUGCAUGUAGUGGUGCUCACAUGGCUUCUCUAACCUGCUUGUCCUAGGAGAUUAACAACCUCUACUCGACCGUAAACACUGUUUAUCUCCUGUUGCUAUCUAUUUAUAUGUUCCUUGUCUUAACAUUCAUGCUUCAGUGAGGUGUGGAGGUAAGUGUUGGUAUUUGUGUCUUUUUAAGUAUUAUUAGAAAUGUACGUUUCUCUUCUUCAGGUCUCUCUUGAAAAAAUAGAUUUUUAUCUCAAUGAGAAAAACCUGUAUAAAUACAGGUUAUUUUAAAAUAAGGGUGUCAUAUUAAUGUGAAUACAGUAUAUAAGUAUGAUCAUUUAGUUUUUCCAUAAUGCAUUAUCAUCCAUAUAAACCUUGUCAUUAAUUCAGUGCUUACCACAGUUUUCCCUUGUUUACUGGCCCUCAAUGAAUAGUAAAUUGUUCAAUAUCCCUGUAGUAAAUUUGGUCGCCUAAUUUGCGGUUUGACCACCAGUCUCCUCCUGCCAAUGACCUGUUUGGGGCCGACCCAUUUGCUGCUCCCAGUCAGCCUGACUGCUCAUCUGCCUCCGAUGACCUCUUCAACAGUCCGACCACCACCUCCCCCAUAACAGCUCUGGGUAAGACUAAUGGCCUCAUUGGCUCCAAAUAGUGAGAACCCAUGUUGUGUUAAAGCAAAACAAUCGACUAGUUUAAAUCGGCAUUGGCGCAAAUCAGUGCUUUUUAUUAUCAUGCUUUAGCUAUGCUGAGCUUGAGGCAAUCUAGAUGGUGUCUAAGUUCAUUUCAGUCUAUUUACUGUACCCAAACCUAAAUGGAAAAGGUCACCUUCUCAUCACCCUCCUCUCUCUCCCCUGUUCUUCCUCUGUCCUCCAGGAGCAUUGCAGUUGGGUCCCCCUUCAGUCACCAUUCAUGGGACAGCCCCACCACCGUGGGGAGUCCCAGCACCAGGCCCUUCGAUGUUCACAAUGCCAGGAGGGGUAACACUCCCCAACCUCCAGACCACCUUCCCCCAGCCAUCCGCCUUCGGUGCCCUGCCCAUACCCCCGGCCCCCUGGGGCCAGCAGGCUCCAUCCACGUAUGGGGCCCAGCCGGUCACCCAGGCUUGGGGACAGCCUGCUCCUGCAGGGCCCAUGGUUGCACCUGGCUGGGGCCAGCCUCCCAUGGCUAACCCCUUCCAACCCGGCCCCUUUGCCAUGAUGGGAGGCCCUCCACAGGGUAUGCCACAAGGUCCACCUCGGCCCCCACCCCGGCCGCCAGUCAAGGAGGCUACAGCUAAGGUGGAACCGAGUGCCUUCACGGCUCUGGACCCCCUGGGAGGGGAGAAGGAGAAGAAGAGUGGGAAGGACAUGUUCAAGGACUUCCAGAUUGCCAAGCCUCCAGCCAUCCCGGCCAGGAAGGGGGAGCAGACACCUGGGGCCGCCCCCAGCACUAAUGGGGAUGGAGCAUUUGCCCAGUACUUCUCCAGCAAAGUGGGCAUGCUCCAGGAGGUUGCGGAUCACGACGACUUUGAAAUUCAAAGUCAAAUGUCAGCGGUUGCCAAUGGUAAUGGCGGUUAUUUGCAAUUUCAAAUUCCUAUCUAUAGAUUUGGAGUUUACCGCAAUACUGAUUUUAUCAUAUAGCCCCAGCAAAUAUCAAGUCUAAGUUAAAUAAAAAAUGUAUUUGUCACAUGCGCCGAAUACAACAGGUGUAGACCUUACUGUGUAAUACUUGCUUAGGAGCCCUUCCCAACGAUGCAGAGUAAAAAAAAAAAAAAAUAAUAAUAAAAUGAUAACACAAGGAAUAAAAUGCACAAAAAUUGAGCUAUAUAAAGGGAGUACCAGUCCCAGAUCAAUGUGCAGGGGUACAAGAUAUUUGAGGUAGAUAUGUACAUGAAGACAAGGUAAAGUGACUAGGCAUCAGGUUAGAUGAUGAUGAUGAUAAUAAUAAUAAUAAUAAUAGUUAAAAAAAGAACGAGUAGCAGCAGCAAAUGAUGAGUGUAAAAGUGUGUGUGUGUGUGUGUGUGUGUGUGUAUAUAUAGUCUUGUGAGUGUGCAUAGUCUGUGCAAGUUGGGGCAGUGCAGAUAGUCCGGGUAACCAUUUAAUUAACUAUUUAGCAGUCUUAUGGCUUGGAGGUAGAAGCUGUCUCGGAGCCUGUUGGUCCGGUACCGUUUGCCGGACGGUAGCACAGUGAAUUCUAUGGCUUGGGUUACAAGAUGUUUUGAUGUACAGUACCAGUCAAAAGUUUGGACAUACCUACUCAUUCCAGGGUUUGUCUUUAUUUUUACUAUUUUCUACAUUUGUAUAAUAAUACUGAAGACAUCAAAACUAUGAAAUAACACAUAUGGAAUCAGAUUUUAUAUUUGAGAUUCUUCAAAGUAGCCACCCUUUGCCUUGAUGACAGCUUUGCACACUCUUGGCAUUCUCUCAACCAGCUUCAUGAGGUAGUCACCUGGAAUGCAUUUCAAUUAACAGGUGUGCCAUGUUAAUUUGUGGAAUUUCUUUCCUUCUUAAUGCGUUUGAGCCAAUCAGUUGUUGUGUCAAGGUAGGGGGGUAUACAGAAGAGAGCCCUAUUUGGUAAAAGACCAAGUCCAUAUUAUGGCCAGAACAGCUCAAAUAAGCAAAGAGAAACGACAGUCCAUCAUUACUUUAAGACAUGGUCAGUCAAUCCGGAAUAUUUCAAGAACUUUGAACGUUUCUUCAAGUACAGUCGCAAAAACCAUCAAGCGCUAUGAUGAAACUGGCUCUCAUGAGGACCGCCGCAGGAAUGGAAGACCCAGAGUUACCUCUGCUGCAGAGGAUAAGUUCAUUAGAGUUAACUGCACCUCAGAUUGCAAUCCAAAUAAAUACUUCAGAGUUCAAGUAACAGACACAUCUCAACAUCAACUGUUCAGAGGAGACUGUGUGAAUCAGGCCUUCAUGGUCGAAUUGCUGCAAAGAAACCACUACUAAAGGACACCAAUAAGAAGAAGAUACUUGCUUGGGCCAAGAAACAUGAGCAAUGGACAUUAGACCGGUAGAAAUCUGUCCUUUGGUCUGAUGAGUCCAAAUUUGAGAUUUUUGGUUCCAACUGCCGUGUCUUUGUGAGACGCAGAGUAGGUGAACGGAUGAUCUCCGCAUGUGUGUUUUCACCAUGAAGCAUGGAGGAGGUGUGGGGGUGCUUUGCUGGUGACAUUGUCAUUGAUUUAUUUAGAAUUCAAGGCACACUUAACCAGCAUGGCUACCACAGCAUUCUGCAGUGAUACGCCAUCCCAUCUGGUUUGCGCUUAGUGGGACUAUCAUUUGUUUUUCAACAGGACAAUGACCCAAAACACACCUCCAGGCUGUGUAAGGGCUAUUUUACCAAGAAGGAGAGUGAUGGAGUGCUGCAUCAGAUGACCUGGCCUCCACAAUCACCCGACCUCAACCCAAUUGAGAUGGUUUGGGAUGAGUUGGACCGCAGAGUGAAGGAAAAGCAGCCAACAAGUGCUCAGCAUAUGUGGGAACUCCUUCAAGACUGUUGGAAAAGCAUUCCAGGUGAAGCUGGUUGAGAGAAUGCCAAGCGUGUGCAAAGCUGUCAUCAAGGCAAAGGGUGGCUACUUUGAAGAAUCUCAAAUUUAAAGUAUAUUUUGAUUUGUUUAACUUUUUUGGUUACUACAUGAUUCCAUAUGUGUUAUUUCAUAGUUUUUAUGUCUUCACUAUUAUUCUACAAUGUAGAAAAUAGUAAAAAGAAAGAAAAACCCUUGAAUGAGUAGGUGUGUCCAAACUUUUGACUGGUAGUGUAUCUGUCAAAUGUAUUAUUUGAAUCCCUCUGAUUCUCCCCUUUCUUUCCUGUCUGUCUUUAGACCCACCCAAAUCGGCCCCACAGCAAGCUGCUCCCAUCAUGUCUCCUGCAGCGGCCCCCGGUCCAGGGCUCCUGGAUGCCUUUGCCCCAACUCCAGCCCCAGGCCUGGCUCCAGCAGCAGCAACAGGUCUCAACCAGAGCCUAUUUGAUGACACAUUUGGCACUGCAACUCCUAAUGCCUUUGGAGCACCACUUCUAGCAAUGGUAUGGAUGUACACACACACACACACAACACACAACACACACACACAAACAGACUUAUACUGUAAUGAAUCCUAUCAAACUCCAAUCAAUUGAUGGUAACAUACUGCUUUGUAUCAUUAUAAAACCUUAAUAUUUUCCCUCUUUACGACAGAACACUCCUGUUGCCCAGACCACUGGUGGCUCGGAUCCCUUCGGAGACCCCUUUGGAAACCCCUUUGCCUAAGUGACAUCCUGCCCAUCAGUUCCAGAGAAUAAGCAGCAAAGCUCUACGACCAAAUAAUAUCUUCAGAUCCAGCUGCUACAACUACAACACGCGCCAGACAAUCUACAUGAUUACAUCUUUUAGCCCCUGCCCCAAUGCACACGUAUUAACUCCUUACCUGCCUUUCUUUGUCAGUUACUUAGCCCCCCCACCCCCACCGUGCCAUGUCAGAGGACACCUGUACCACCUAUUGAGAUGUGCCUUAAGUAAAUCAGUUGAUGAAUGAGCUGGAGGACUUUAAUGUAUGUCUUGCCCAAUCAGUAGUAGUAGUUUUUGUUUCUGUUCCCAACUCACUUAGCUUUUCAGUGCCACUGAAUGAAAUGUAUUGUAAUGAAAUUAUUCUCUUAAGAAGGGAUGAACAUGGGAUGGAUGGAUGGAUGGAAGGGAAGGCCCUGGAAAUAGGGAUGAACAUGGGAUGGAUGGAAGGGAAGGCCCUGGAAAUACUCGAUACUGUCUAUAUUAAACACAGAAAAAAAUGUAUUUCAGUGUGGUCUUUUGGGCGUCUUUGUCGUGUUUUAGAUAUUUAUUAUUCCUUUCAGGGAAAUAUUGUUA